AUCGCAACCUCGCCCUUCCCAAUUUUUUUGCGCCCGCCAUGCCGCCUCGGAUAGGCUUCCGCAAUAACCUCGAGCGGGAUGUCUAUCAAAUCUUGAACAAGCUCGAUGCGCAAUUCACCACAGUCUCCAGCGCUUACGACGCCAUAAAGCGAUCGAAUUCGAGCAUUGCGAGGCUCAAAAAGCGCCCACUCGAGGAUGCCAUUGACCGCGUCCUGCAGAUUCGCAAGCAGGAAGCACAAGACGACGAGUCGGACGAUUCCGAAGCCGCCCUCGACGCUCCCGAACCUGCGAAGCCACAAGAUGAACGAUUCCUCCUCAACCGCCAGAUGACCAAGUUGUGGAAGACCAACGCCAAACCGACCGACCCGGUCGGUGACCAGCCUGUGUCGAAGAAGCGUCGCCUCCAGGCUGAUGGCGAUGCAAAGGAGGAUCGUGCCAGCGGAACCGAGACUCCGGCUGUCGAGGUAACCACACCGGGCAAAGAGGAGAAGAUGCCUCUGAAAAAGACACAAAAACCCACACCGUUCACGGUCGAGCGCGGCGAAAGCCUUAGCCCAAACCCCGUGGGCGGCAUUGACGAUGUGCUGUGUGAGCUUUGCAAGCUUACCUGGCAUGCACUUCUCCCGCGGGACAUGUCCUACGGACCACGUGUGUCUGGAGUCCUCAUUUCCGGGCCUGCGGGUAUGGGAAAGAGGACCGCCGUCAAGAGCCUGGCUUCACAGCUCUGUGCCUCCUUGGUUGUCCUCGACGGCUGCUUCGACAAUCCCGAGCGCAUGGAGAAGAGUCUUGCAGAAGCAUUCGACACAGCGAUUAGCCUCGAGCGGAGCAUCGUCUUCAUCGACGACAUCGAUCAGUACAUAUCUAGACCCGGCGCCUCGACCCAUGGCGAUCAUCACAGCCAGGCGCGGAGAUAUCUCGCGGCCCAGAUGAGGCGUCUGACCAGUCUGCAACAGGGUCGGGUCCUUGUCACGGCUACAACUUCCAAGCUCGUGGAUGUUGAUCCUGCCAUACGCGAGUACGGCCUCCUCGAGCAGACGCUCCAGAUCCGGAUACCGGACUACGCGGCACGGCGCAAGAUCCUCGAUAUUUGCACUAGGCACUUGUCCGUGGCAGAUGAUGUCGACCUGGCAGCACUAGCCAACAUUACGCAUGCAUAUGUUGGCGCUGAUAUAGCCGCUGUCACGAAGCUGGCAGGGCUGAGGGCUGCCGAACGGAAUCUUUCCGAAAGCAUCCCGUGGCGCUUAUUCUCCCCGAUCAUGGGACGGGAUCACCCUGACCUUGCCAAUGGAGACCUUGUACUUCUGGACGGCGACGCAAGUUCUCACGUGGGUGAAGAUGCACGAGGCCCAGCCACAGUUACCAUGGACGACUUCAAGGCGGCCAUCGCCAGCUUCACCCCGUCGCUGAGGAAAGAAGGGUUCACGGUGAUACCGAGCGUCACUUGGGAUCAGGUCGGCGCUAUGGAGGAGGCUCGCAAGCAACUCCAGACGUCCAUCAUUGGACCAAUCAAGAACCCAGAUCUGUAUCGCAAGUUCGGUCUCAGUCGCCCGGCGGGUGUCCUUCUCUGGGGCCCUCCCGGCUGUGGCAAGACGCUGGUCGCGCAAGCCGUCGCCAACGAGGCCCAGGCCAGCUUCAUCCUAAUCAACGGUCCCGAGCUGCUCAACAAGUACGUGGGUGAAUCAGAGCGCGCCGUACGAGAGCUAUUCCAGCGAGCGCGCUCCUCGGCGCCCUGCAUCCUCUUCUUCGACGAGAUGGACUCUAUAGUGCCUCCGCGCAACAACUCGUCCACCGAUUCCGGCGCGCGUGUCGUCAACGCCCUGCUCACCGAGCUUGAUGGCGCACAGGAUCGUACGGGCAUCUACGUCAUCGGCACGACCAACCGCCCGGAGAUGAUCGACGAAGCUAUGCUCCGGCCCGGCCGUCUGAGCGUUCAGCUCCUCGUUGAUCUGCCGACGCCCACCGAGCGCGUCGACAUCCUGCGCGCCGUCUACCGCACGAACCACGAGGAUGCUUCGCAGGGUGAGCUCGAUGCGCUCGCCGCUGUGGCGCUCGACCCGCGGUGCGCCAACUUUAGCGGCGCAGACCUCAGCGGGCUGCACACAAAGGCUGCCGAGAACGCGCUCCACAGGUGGACCGCGGCGGGCGGCUGCGGACCGCAGACCAUCGAUGCCGCGGACUGGCAGCACGCGCUGGAUAACACGCGCGCGAGUGUCAGGGACCCUAAUUCGUAUCGGCUGCGGUCUGCUUAGGUGUGCUUGUACUUGUGAGGAGUUCCGCAGCGAGCAAUCUAUAGACGGAGCCUGUUUAGAUAUCAUGUUAAAUACCCCCAACGGCGACGAAUGUAAAAUAUAGAGCC